UUUUUUGCAGAUAGUCAAGUAUGUUGUCUAAUCCUAGGAUACAUUAAGACAGAAAGCACAUUUUGUAAUAUUUGCUACAAUCUAUGUUCUAAGUUAAAUCCGUCCUGACGACUGCUUAAUUGUAAUAUUAAUAACUUGCUUCCCAAACAUAGUUACCAUCUCCAACGAUUGUACAAGCAUAGCAUUCUCAAUAAUGGAUUUAAGUAGUAUAUCAUUUUGCUAUAUAUAAUCCAGUCAUUUGUGCAUUAUGGUCACUUCAUCUGAAGAAGAUACUAAACGUGAGAAAUUAGUUGGACGAGUUCGUACAUCAGUUAUAAUAUUUUGGAUUUUAUCUAUUAUAUUUUUAAUAAUAGGUAUAACAGUACUAUCUAUGUAUCAUAAUUUAAAUGAUUCAUCUCAAUACGCUGGUACUAUUGCUGGAACAAUUUUUUUAGUUUUCAGUAUACCACUUAUUAUAUGUAGUGGUUUUUUAACUAGUGCAUUAUUAAUUAUACAAGAAUCCAUUCAAGAUGAACGAGAUUAUCGAUGUCGUGAUCCAGAAUUUUAUAAAGAUAUUCCAUAUCCACGUCAACCAUUUAAACCAGUACCAACAACAUCAUCAUUACCUACUCCAUAUCCUUCUGCACCUGUUCCACGAUUUGAAGAUUUUCCAAAACCUUCUUUAUCACCAAUUCCGUAUAGGAUUUCAAGCCCUCCUAGUUAUCAUUCAGCAGUUACCCUGACCAAUUGACCAACUGUUUGUGAUAAAUAAGAAAAUUAAAUUUUCCCAGAACAACCCCCCCCUACCCAACAAUAAACAAUAUAUAAUCACCAAAACAAAAAAGAGGAGUGAAGGCGCGCACACACAUACGCACGAAGAUUUUUUCUUCACAUUCAUUGACAAUUUAACAAGAAAAAACAAACAAUGAAAUUGUUUUCUGAACAAAAAUUGUAUAUUAUUUAUUAUUAGCUUUAUUCAAUAUUAUAUUUUUGAUACAAUAUAGAAUUCUCAGCACAAA